UCUGAUGGGCGUCCCGAACUGACGUCCGUCCUGAUACGCAUACCGCCGUGACGCCGUCUAUUUUGUUUCCGAAUACGAUGUAUCCGAGUCAAAAUAAUUAACAAAAGGUAGAUUAGGUCCGUGAAAAUUUGUGAUUUUAGUCGAUAAGUGAUCAAGACUCAAGUGUUGAAAGUCAAUUGCAUUACAACAGUGAAUUUCGUUUGUUUUUGUGUACAGAAUAAUUAUUGUGUAAGCGGCAACAGCUUAUUUAGCUGAAAAAAUUGAAUUAGCAUUUACUAAUUGUUUUCGUGUCAUCUUGUUGCUGCAAACGCUUUGUGUCUGUACUGUCUGAGCAACUAAAGCAUAGUUCCAUCCACCGUUUUUAGAGAGCGGUACUACCAAUAGCGAUGAUAGUGAAAAAAGUGCUCGAAAGGUGACUGUGUCGUUUAAGAAAAGCCUCGGAACGCCAUAUCUGUAUGAUAACAGGUGAACUUUAUCUUAUCUGCGAGAGAAGCCGCACAGGUGAUAAAAUUUUUUUGAUAAGUUAGUUGCGAGAUCGGUGUCGAAUGAGAAUGUUGCAUCAAAUGGACGCGUUUAGCGACAAAUUAUCCGCAGGUGGAGCUAGUGUGGUUGUAGGUGCUAUUAGUCCUAGUCAUUCUUCGGUUUUGGAUUCCAAUGCCAACAGGAUGCAUCCCUAUCUGAAGCAGGUGGCUAACGGAACUACACCUAAAAGAAUAUAUCAGCCCUAUCUUAUGUCGUUUGGUGGAAUUCAUCCUCUUCAUGUUGUGUCUCCAAUGGUUCCGACAACUUCCGCGAUUAUGCCCAUCCAGAAUCAUCUUAAGGAUCAGUUUUUUGAAAAAAGCUCUCUGGCCAUGAACAACAACAACAACAUUACCAACCAGACUAACAACAAUAACAACAACGUUAGUAGCAACAACAAUAAUUUGUUAAAUGCGACAAACGCAAACGUCGUGGCGUUGACGCAAACCAAAAACGAGCAAGAACAACCUGAUAACGACACGAUAAAGAUGUUCGUGGGACAAGUGCCUCGUUCGAUGGACGAGAACGACUUAAGGAGAAUGUUUGAGGAAUACGGCAGGGUACACUCAAUAAACGUACUUCGGGAUAAAGCAACGGGAGCCAGUAAAGGUUGCUGUUUUGUGACGUUCUUCACAAGAAAAGCUGCCCUACUGGCUCAAGAUGCUCUGCACAACGUGAAGACUUUAAAUGGGAUGCAUCAUCCCAUUCAGAUGAAGCCGGCCGACAGCGAGAAUAGGAACGAAAGAAAAUUAUUCGUUGGAAUGUUGAGUAAAAAGUUGUGCGAAAACGAUGUACGUGCCCUUUUCAACGGAUACGGGACAAUCGAAGAGUGCACCGUGUUAAGAGAUCCGGCGGGAAAUUCUCGCGGUUGCGCGUUCGUCACCUUCGCCUCCAAACAAUCUGCCUUAAGUGCUAUCAAAGGCCUUCAUCAAUCACAAACGAUGGAAGGCUGUUCAGCGCCUUUAGUAGUCAAAUUCGCCGAUACGCAAAAAGAAAAAGAACUGAAACGGCAACAACAGAUGCAAGCCAAUGUCUGGAAUGCCUUAGCAGCACCAACGUUAGCUUCACCACCUCAGCAAUUCUCCCCCGUUCUACCCACCGAAGCAACGUCGCUACAGCUUCUUCAAGCGAUGGGAGGAGCCGGCUUGUUGCAACAGCAAUUCCUUAGUGGGACUGAAAACCUUUUAGCACCCAUCGGGGUACAAAAUCUGGUGACCUUGGCGGCCAUGUCGCAACCGGCUACCGCGGCUACAGCGCCCUUCAUGGCUAAUUUGUUGGGAAAGGGUGCGGGGGUUGAAAGGACGCUUAACGCGAGUUUGCAUCCAACGGCGCUUACGACGUCGGAUUUGUCGUCUUACGGAUCGUUAAUUAGUAAUGCUACAAUAAAUGCUGCGGCGAUGGCUGCAGCGGGAAAACAGAUUGAGGGUCCAGAUGGUUGUAAUCUGUUCAUAUACCACCUCCCGCAAGAAUUCACCGAUACGGAUCUUGCGUCAACAUUUCUCCCCUUCGGUCCAGUCAUAUCCGCCAAGGUGUUCAUAGAUAAACAGACAAAUCUGUCCAAAUGUUUUGGUUUUGUUUCAUUUGAUAACGCGCAUUCAGCUCAACAAGCCAUAUCAGCUAUGAACGGCUUUCAGAUAGGCACCAAAAGGCUGAAAGUACAACUAAAAAGGGCCAAAGAUGCCUCCAAACCUUACUAGCCAAAGAAGCGAGAGAGCCAAUUAGACGCAGGUCUGCCCAGGUACAUAGCAGGCCUCUGUGAUCAACAAUAUCUAUUUUUCUCCUGCGCAAACGAGCCACACCGAUUUUCCUUUAUUUUACUUCAGGUCAAGAAGCGUGUGAUGCUGCUGCCGGCCUCGUCCGAUUGGUCCAAAAUCCAGCACAGUGCCAGUGCAGUGCAAUCUCAGGAUCUAGCUGCUAUUUUUAUGAACUGUGAGAUAUUUUUACUAGUUAACUGCGGUCGUUAGGCCACUUUGUAAAUUCAAAAUGAUGUAUAUGACGAGGAUGUUCGACUCUGUUUAGAAAAGGCGAAGUUUUUGACCAAAAAUUUAGGAAAUAAAAUAUUAAUCUUACCGUGUAACUGAUACCACCUUCUUGUAUAGGGAAGUAUGCAAACGGCCCAAAUAAUAAUCUGUAUAGUUUGAAGAUAGUUUUUGAACACUUUUAGUUCAAGCAGCUAAAUCGUAAAGCGUCUUGUGAUAUGAUUGAAUUAAAGAUCGAAUCGAAAGGUUUAGUUUUAAUAACGUUAAAAUCGUUAAUUAAAUUAUAUAACCUUCUAAGGUUCAUAAGAUAAAAUAGAUAAAAUAGUAACAUGUUUUAUUAUUCAACUAUAAAUAUUACUAACAAUAAAAAUAAUAUCACAAAGUUUGUUUUAAACCUGAAAUUGAUUUUAAUCCGUAAGUUACACAUUCUAUUUUAUACUUUCUAAAAUUAAAACUAUAAAAAAAGAAAAUUUAAAAUCCAUUUUUGGGAAAAACUUGUAUGUGAUAGUAUGUUUAUUCUUGAUUAUUUUUUAAAGAUUAAAUUACGGUAAUUGGCUGAUCUACAUGCAGAUAUUUUCACCACCUAAAAAUUAUUAUAUCGCUUUAACGAAAGCAGCGAAAUGUUGUCUAAGUCUAAGUUCUGUUGGAUUAAGGCCAGUAGGAUAUUAUUUUAUAUAAAUGAUAGCAGAACUCUACAGCAGCAAUUAAUUUUAAGUUAGAUAGAAGAAUACCUAGUCCUAUUUUAGAAAAAUAUUAUAUUCUUAAUUGCCAAAAUUCGCUGAGUGUCUUGUUGGGUGUCUAUAAUCUUGAGUUUUUCUUAAUCAUGACUGAUAAAAAAAUAUUACUUCCGAGUUGUCAGGUUAACACAAUAACUUAAAUUACAUAAUAUACGUUUUGGACAGAUCAAACUCCUUUACUGGGAAAGACAGCCGAGAGUACAUUCUUAUUUCUGCUUCAGUAUGUUUCUUGAAAUUUGAAUUUUUAAAGAGGUCAAUUGGUGAUAAUUUUAAUUUUAACCUAACUGAAGAAACACCCUGCAUUAUGUGCACUUCUAGUCAUGUAAACGAUUAGGAUUUUGUGACAUUUGGUCAGUAAUUGGAAAAAUCAACACUGUUAAACUACAUAGUUGAUAAUACCUAAAACAUACUUUAUAUGUAGUGUGUCUUGGAAAUAGCAGAUAACCAAAGCCAAAACUGAAUAUGUCGAAAGUUAAUUAUAAGGAAUUUUCUCCAAUUCACUAUUUUUCUCCGUUUUUAUUUAUGCAUUGUAGAUAAGACAAUUUCAAAUAUCUGCAACUAAUUUAUAAAUACAGAGAGUAACAAAAAGGCAGGUCAUAAAUUAAAUCCCAUUCUAGAACCAAAAAUAGUUCAAUUGGAUUGGACCUAACUUACCUUAGUAUAAAUGUGCACGUAAAAAAGUUACAGUAAAAAAAGACAGUAAAAUUUUUCCACCCCUUAACAAUUUUUGUUCCUUUAAAUCUCCCCAAAUAUUUGUGUAGGUUCUAAUUAAAUUAUUAUUGUGGUACCACUAGUUAAACACAAUGUUUUAAAACUUUUUUGAUACCUUAUCGAGAUACCACCACAUAUUAAGUUAAGUAAGAUUAUAGAGACCUGGUAAUAUAUUAUGAAAAUAAUAUUCUAUAAUCAUACUUAACCAAAUAUGUGGUGGAUUUUAAAAAUAUUCACAAUAUCUCGAUAAAAAGUGGCUUAUCCAAAAAGUACUAAUAGGCAAAAAAGUUUUAAAAACAUUGUGUUUAACUAGUGGUACCACAAUAGUAAUUUAAUUGGAACGUACACAAAUAUUUGGGGGGUUUAAGAGAACGAAACUCCCUUAAAAUUUUUAUGAGGUGCACAAAUUUUACGGUUUUUUUUUUUCAAAGAUGUUCCUACCAUAAAAAUGCCGCAUGUCCAUUUUUAAUAAAAAAAUCUCUAAUAAUUUUCCAUAUAUUGGAAAAAAUCAAUUUCAAUUUUGUAACCUCAAAGGGCUGUAACUUUUUUAUGUGCACGUUUGUACUAAUAGUCCUGUCGCCAGGGUGGGUACAACGGCCUCCUUUAUUCAGAUGGACUUACCCAAGUUGUUUUAUGUAUUUUGACCCGUAGAACACGAAGUUUUUGGUUAACAGUUGAUCCGCAUGUCGAUAAGAUUAUUAUAAACAAAGAUCUUGAGGAAUUACAUAACAGAAAUUUCUCACAAAACAAAACUUUUUUUUUGUAUUUUUUGGGUCAUUAUAAGCAAAAAAUUUUCUUACAAGUUUUUUCGUAGGAUGCACAGUUUUCGAGAUAAACGUUUUUGAACUUUAAAAAUAUCGAAAAAUUGCAAUUUUUGAACCCGAAUAACUUUUGAUUAAAAAAGGAAAUAUCAAUUCUGCUUGCCACAUUUGAAAGUUCAAGUCAAAUUAUAUCGGUUUUAAUUAUUUCCAUUACUAAAAAUUUAUUUUUUAUUGUUAAACAAAGCUAUAAACACAUGGUGUUUGAGUGAUAUUUUCAAUGAUCUCCCAUUUAAAAUCGAACUAGUAGGUAGAGUAGGUACAAGUGCAAGUGAGGCAAUUUCUACGUAGCAUGCAAUAAAACGCAUGUAUUGUCCAAGGGAACACUAUGUGUUUAUAGUUUUGUUUAACCAUAAAAAAAUAAAUUUUUAGCAAUGCAAAUAAUUAAAACCGAUAUAAUUUGACUUGAACUUUCAAAUACGGUAAGCAGAAUUGCUAUUGUCUUUUUUAAUCAAAAGUUAUUCGUGUUAAAGAAUUGCAAUUUUUCGAUUUUUUUAAAGUUCAACCACGUUAUUUCGAAAAAUAUGCAUCCUACGAAAAAACUUGUAGGAACAUUUUUUGCUUAGAAUGACCCAAAAAAUACAAAAAAAAUGUUUUGUUUUGCGAGAAAUCGCUGUUAGGUAAUUCCUCAAGUUCUUUGUUUAUAAUAAUCUUAUCGACAUCCGGAUCAACUGUUACCCAAAAAAUUCGUGUUCUACGGGUCAAAACACAUAAAAAAACUUGGGUAAGUACAUCUGAAUAAAGGAGGCCGUUGUAGCCGCCCUGGCGACAGGACUAUAAGGUAAGUUAAGUUCAAUCGAACUCUUUUUGAUCCCAGAAUAUGUGAUAUAAUUUAUGCCAUGUCUUUUUCUUACACUCUGUAUAUAGAUAACAAUACAUCGUACUUUGAUUGGCAACUUUAGUGGUAACAUUCAAAAAUAAUUUUAGCGCGCUACAAAAUUUUGUCGUAGGUUUAAAAGACUGGUACAUUUAAUAGGGCAGCUAUAUAAAGAAAUUAAUAAUUAAUUAAAUUAAUUACAUUCAAUCAAAUAUGCAUUAUCAGUUACACGGUAAAUCAUUUUUAAAACUUCGUCUAAUCUAAAAGUACUACUGUUUCCUUUAUUUUCUUGUUUUUUCCUUUAUGGGGUCUUUUAUGUCGUGUUGGUUCGACAGUUCUUUUGAUUUUUAUUUUUGUGUUGUUCGUGGCGUACGGCGCGUAAAGCACAUCCUCUGUUGUUUAGUUAUAAAUUUAAAAAAUUAGGCCAUAUAUGUAAAAAUGUUGAGUGCAUAGUUACGUUUUAUUUUGAAGUCUACCUAGUUUUAAGGUGACAGCUACUCGCCCAACAAUCGACAUGUUCGGUUGCUUUGGAUGAGCAGCAGUUUCCUAUAUUUUUAUUAUUAGUAAUAUCCAUUUUUAUUUAUAUACACAAGUGAAACAUCUGGAGCAUGAUUUUUUGAAUUGUACCUUUAUUUUUUAUUGUUAAUGAUUAAACCAAAGUACAGACCAAAAAUAUU